ACCUCUCGAGUAGUUAGACAUUACUCCAGCGGGGAAGCACAGUGCAGUGACACCAGUACAAAUUCGAAAGAGACAUCAACUUCUCAACUGACACUACCAAUAUGGCAUCCUCAAAAAGGUUUGCAGUACCGGAAGGUGCAGUCGCGCAGGUGCGUAUCAUCGAUUCAACCACCAGCAUCAAGGGCAUUGAAACAGAGCACCUCAUGGGCCCUGCAAUGCCUGGAAUGCCUGCCAUGCCGGAGAUCCCAACAUGGUCAUUCUUGGUCGAGAGCAAGACAGGACGCAAAGCACUCUUCGAUCUGGGAGUUCCACCCAACUGGCGCGAUUUCUCACCCGCUGUCACGGAGCGUUUGUUUGAAGCCAAAUGGGAAAUCUCUGGCGAGAAACACGUCGCAGAUAUACUGCGAGACGAAGGCGUAGAUCUUUCAUCCAUCAACAGUAUUGUUUGGAGUCAUUGGCAUUGGGACCAUCUGGGUGACCCGUCAACGUUCCCUGGGUCUACAGAAGUGGUCGUUGGUCCAGGUUUCAAGGAAGCUUUCUUCCCUGGUUACCCUGCAAAGCAAGACUCUCCUGUGCGUGAGAGUGAUUUCGCAGGACGCGAUGUGCGGGAGAUCAGCUUCGAGGGAAAAGAGGUUUUACAAUUCGGACAGCUUCGGGCAGUCGACUUCUUCGGCGACGGAUCCUUUUACUUGGUCGACACGCCCGGUCAUGCUGUCGGUCAUCUUGCGGGCCUGGCUCGAACCACUCGGGACACAUUUAUAAUGAUGGGCGGUGACCUGUGCCAUCAUGGUGGUGAGAUUCGUCCAUCAGAAUUGCUCCCUCUGCCGACCGAGAUCCAUUUGUCUUCGCUGAAACACUACCAAAACGGCAUCUGUCCUGGUGCAGCGUUCGAGGCAAUCCAGAAGAGUCGUUCCAGGGCGCCGAACGAGCCAUUUUUCGAGCCGACGAUGGGACUUGAUAUUCCAUUGGCGAUUCGUACCAUCAAGAAAGUACAAGAGGCCGAUGCACAGGAUGAUGUGCUGUUCAUUUAUGCACAUGACACCAGCAUGAGAGGAAUUGUCGAUUUGUUUCCCAAGCCGGCCAAUGACUGGAAGGCAAAGGGAUGGCGGGAGAUGGUCUAUUGGAAGUUUCUGGAGGAUUUCGAGGGAGCGCUGCAGGAACAGCAGUAGUGAUGGUAGAAGCUAGAGAAAUUUGCAUAAUACCCUUCAGCCCAUGUAGGCCUUGCCUGUGGCAUGUCGAUUGCUCACUAGACUGCGCCUCAUUAAGUUUCUAAUGCCAGGGAGCUUGAGAAUCUCGUUAUGCUGUUGAAGAGCGCGGU